UCUACAUCUAUCAUGACGACCAAUGCAUCAACAUGAACAACAUGCAGGCCGUGGACGUAGGUGGUUCGGGGAGGACGGGGUGCAAGCCCCUGAGGUGAUGAGACGGCGUGCGAGGCCCGAUACGGCCUAUCAAUGCCGCUACCUCGACGAUGUUCGCUCAGCCCUCCGAUAUCAAUUCCAAACGCAUGCUGAAGUCUUCGUCCCUGAGGAAGUAUCUUGUCGCCUAAUUUUCGGGCUUGAUUCGUCAUUGGAGUGGACGAAAGAAGGACAACCUACCACUGCAACUAUCAGUCGGGGCCGCCAGGAAUCUUCCACUCCGGACUCAGACUACAGCGUUACAACGGCGCUGUCAAACUUCCUGGACGCAAAAGAGAAAAAGCAGUACCAACGUGCUGUUGCAAAGAUUAUCAUUGGAGCUAUUUCUCGUGUUGACGGCUACAAAUACUCCGAGCGUCGUACGAAUGAUACGAGUAAAGGAGAUGGGUAUCGCUUUCAGUUCAUCUGCCGCGACUCUCUGUAGAACAAGGAUCGCUCAGCGAAUAAAAGUCAGACAGGAGACAAGAUUCUUCCUGAUUAUCUCACGCCGCAGCUGAAGAAAACGACGUAUGACUGCAAAGGUGGAAUACUCAUAAAAUUUUCUAUCAAAGAUCUUUGCGUUGAUGUCUUCUAUCACCAUUUUCCCAUCCACCGAAAUGCGCAGGAUGAG